GUUUUGCUCGAGCCCUACACAUACAUCACUGCCAACACGGGGAAAAAGACCACAGAAAAGCUUGUCCAAGCCUUCAACCUCUGGCUUAAUGUUCCUAAGGACAAGCUUGCGGUCAUCAUCCGUGUUGUCAGUCUUUUCCAUAAUGCCGGUCUCUUGGUAGACGACAUUGAAGACGGCUCUCAGCUGAGACGUGGGAUUACAGGCAUGUCUGCUAUUGGCGAUAUCCUCGCGCAUAAAGUAUAUGGCAUUCCCCGUACCAUCAAUGCCGCCAAUUACGUCUACUUCCUAGCAUAUCAGGAGUUGUCCUCCCUGAGGCCCAAAGGGCAGCGUCGCGCUUGUGAUUCUAGUGCAAGUCCAGACAGUGGGCUCAGGGACGACAGUUCCACCGCCGAGAAACCCGAACGCCUUAUUUCCGAUCGCGACCUGGACCUUGUAGUGAAUGCCGAGCUCAUAUCAUCCCACCAUGGACAGGGAUUGGACAUCCUCUGGCGUGAUACCCUCAGCUGUCCCACAGAAGAUGAGUAUGUGCAGAUGGUAAAAGACAAAACAGGCAGUCAUCUGAGGGCUACUGCCAAACUCAUGAUGGCAUGUGCUACGACGAACACGAACGUUGACUAUGUCCCUUUGUCCAAUCUCAUUGGAAUUUAUUACCAAAUACGCGAUGAUUACAUGAAUCUCCAGAGCGAUGAGUACACAGACACGAAGGGGUUUGCAGAAGAUUUAUCUGAAGGAAAAUUCUUUUUCCCUGUUGUUCACGGCAUCCUCGAACAGCCUGAAAACCAACUGAUCAUGGAUGUCCUACAAAAACGUCCCGAGACUCCUACUCUCAAGCAUCGCGCUAUCGAGUAUCUCAGAAACACCACCAAGUCGUUUGAUUACACCCUAGCAGUGCUCCAUAAGUUGGAGCAACAAGCCAGGGGAGAAGUUGAGAGACUUGGCGGAAACCCGAUAUUAUCUGCGCUUUUGGACAAGCUUCAUGUCGAUGCAUGA